GGUUUUCACCUUACAAAAUUCAUCCGACACGAGGACUAGAGUGAUUGAGAACGUAAAAUGGAGCGAAACCAGAGAAACUAGUAGAAGAGCAUGUAAGAAUACAACAAGAUAAGGUUGGCAUUGUACGGUCGUAGCGUUUCCUCCUUCAUUCCCUAAAAUCUCUCUAGGGUUUUAGAGCAUACUUAGCGGCAUAUUCUCCUAUUCUCUUCCUUCCACUCUUAAAUUCAGCUAAUAAUGGCUGUUUUGUCCUUCUCCACUGCCACGCUCAACCACCGCUCCCUCUCCCACGCCUCCUCUCUCCUCUUUCUCGCUGCCUCCCUCCUCCAAUCCCCCGCUGGAAGAUUCAGCUGCAGAACCCGAGUCGCCUCGUCGCAUUCCAAUCCCAAGAUAUUGAAGUCCAACCGACGCUCCAGGCACGGCCACCCGCUCUCGCCCUACGACACUGAUGACGAUGUGCGCGCCGCUGCUUCUGAUCAACUCGACGACGGGGAGGACGAUUGGUUGUCUGACGAUGAAUUGGGAGAUGUUGAAAUUUCUGAGACUGAUAGACAGCGGUUAAAGCUGAAAAGUGCAGCUAACAAGGGACAAGGCCGAACCAGGCACAUAGGAAAAACUUGGGGUUUGGAAUCAUCCAGCCCUGCACGCAAUCUUGCAACAAGGCCGAGAAAGUCCGUUGCGAAGAAUGGCAUAUAUAAUAUGGAAAAAAUAGAUGGAGAUGGUCCUCUCGGUGUUGUUUCUUCAACAUUGAAUUCUAAAGUCAAGGAAGCAGAAAGUUCUGUUCAGAACAGAUUUGGUCAUUUGUCGGAGGAGCUAGACUUAGACGAAAGAUAUUUUCCCCUUCUCAAUUAUUUGAGCACCUUCGGGCUCAAGGAACGCCACUUCAUCCAGAUGUAUGAGAGGCACAUGCCGUCACUCCAGAUAAAUGUUGAAUCAGCUGAGGAAAGAUUGGAAUACUUGUUGAGUGUUGGUGUUAAGCAUAGAGAUAUUCAAAAGAUAAUUUUGAGACAGCCUCAAAUAUUGCAGUACACUGUGGAAAACAAUCUGAAGUCUCAUGUUGCCUUUUUAUGUAGCUUGGGCAUUCCAUCUUCUCGAAUAGGGCAAAUAAUCGCUGCCACGCCCUCAUUGUUUUCUUACAGUGUUGAAAAUUCCUUAAAACCCACAGUCCAGUAUUUGAAAGAUGAGAUAGGAAUCCAGGAGAAAGACAUCAGUAAGGUUGUGCAGUUAAGUCCUCAAAUCCUGGUUCAGCGGAUAGAUAAUUCAUGGAAAACUCGUCUUGAUUUCCUAAUGAAAGAGUUGGGUGCUCCUAGACAGAGUAUAGUGAAGAUGGUCACCAAGCAUCCCCAACUCCUCCACUACAGCAUUGAAGAUGGCUUGCUCCGCAGAAUCAAUUUUUUACGGAGUAUUGGUAUGCAAAAUUCAGAGAUACUGAAAGUAUUAACCAGCCUUACACAGGUAUUCUCACUUUCACUGGAGGGGAAUCUGAAGCCUAAAUACAUGUAUUUGGUAAAUGAACUUAAGAAUGAGGUCCACUCUCUGACCAAAUAUCCAACGUACCUUAGCUUGUCUUUGGACCAACGGAUCAGACCCCGUCAUCGAUUCCUGGUUUCAUUGAAGAAAGCUCCGAAAGGGCCAUUCCCUUUGAGUUCAUUUGUCCCAACUGAUGAAUCGUUUUGCCGGCAGUGGGCAGGAACUAGCUUAGAUAAAUAUCUGGAUUUUCGCCAAAGGUUACUGCUCAAAGACUUAGCAAAGAAAUAUGAAAGGCAGUACUAAUAGGCAUAAAUCCCCCUUUGUCUACUACUUGUGAACGAGAAGAUGUAUAACAUAUUACAUAUCAGAUUGCUGACCACCGAUGCUUUAAGAUCAAAGAAAUUACCUAUCCAUGGCCUUGGGGCAUUUCCGUCUGAAGCUGGAAAAAGGUCAUUGUAGUAUAUAAAAUAAGUGCUAGGCUUUGGGCCACUUCGAUUCUGGAGCUGGCGAAACAAUUUUGGUGAAGUCUGCUUUGGCUUUUACUAACUGCUGGUGAUUCUAACAGUUCUACAGCUUGCACAAUAUCUCUCCAUAAUUCAAGGUUUAUAAGUCAAGGGAUUUCAUCAAGGAUAUAUAUAAUAUGGAGUUGUCGCCUUUGCUGCAGAUGCAUUACUAAGGCGUAUGCGUUUGCUUUCUUUCCAGUAUAUAGAAGUAAGCUUGUGGUUUCUAUUUUGCUCCAAUCGGCAAACACAAUAUUAAGGUUUGAUGAGAAGAAAGAUUUUAGGUCUUAAAAAUAUAGAUGGUUAUAAUUUUCUCCUGUGUUCUAGAAAUUUCUAUUCUUCGUCCAGUAAAUACGAAGAUAUGCAUAAUUUUUUUGAGGGAAUAUGCAUAAUUAAGUGGGCUCUUCUUGUAGUCUUAUACUUAUAUAGACCAAAUAUAUUUUACCGCUUUGCUUCA